AUGUGUCAACUAACAACCACCGCCAUGAUCUGCGAGAUCUGUCGCCGCUUGGUCACCUACACCUUUACCAUUUCUCUCUGUCGCUCAGAGAAAUGUAUUCAACAGGAUGUACAGGACAACUCCAAUUCGCCGAGCCGGGAACUUGAGGCUAAUCACAAGACUGAAAGCAAACUCUGCAUCUCAAUGGAAGCCUAA